AUGCUGGGUCACAGCAGCCACUUGAAGGAAUUCAAUACCUGUCGAUAUCUUGCUCUCCUGAUGGCAUGCUGUGGCAAUGGAACCAAGAUUGGCUGGAGAGACUAUCCCAAUGAAGGCACCUUCCGCCCGGUGACAGACCCACAGGCACGGUUUGUCAUCUCCCUGAAGUCGUCAGGCAUAUUCGGGCCGCAGUACUUGGAGCUGUUUGCACCAAACCCGUCGGCCUGCCGUUCCUGGGUAGAGGCUCUGCAGGAGUUCAUCACGGGCCAGCCAAGCAAAGAGAGACUUCGAUAUGAUCAUAUCUGGCAUGACAUUGUCAACAUGCGGUGGGGCUUGGGUGACAGCGUAUGCCCAACGGACAUUGUGCUUAGCCUGGCGCACAACUCCACUGAAAUCGCCCUUAUCUUGAAGGGUUAUCAGGAUCCAGUCUUCCGCUGUGAUAUAAACAGUGUGAAAAGAGUGACCAUCACAAUUUGUUCGCUCCAAAUUGACGUUGGCAAGGGAGCAUCAUGCGGUGAUGGCGCCAUAUUUCUGCGGGCUUCUCAAUCAGCAACUCUCACGGCGAUUAUCGAGUCUCUUAGCCAGGUGCUGUCAAAGCACACGUAUGCAGAAGAGCCUCCAGUGAAGCCACCGAGGCUUCGGCCAACGCCAAGAAGCAGAACACUGCCAAGACGGAUCCGCCAAGAAGAGCCCAGCGCUGCAGGACAGAUGCAGCGUAGACACGCUCGCUCCAAUGCCCACCACUGGGACUCCACGUCCGCACCCUCUGUGCCAGCCAUUGAUGUCGAUGAUGAGCCUAGGCGGGAGUUAGGUCGGGUCAACAUGGAAGACGGCUCCAGAAUGCUGUCCCGAACACUGUCGCACCGAGCGAAUGCAUUGGCUCGUAAUCUGUACAAUUUCACGUUUGAGAUCGAGGACACCUUGGUUUGAUUUGCUCCUGAGCAGCAGCGACCUCAACCACAUUCUCUCACUGGCACUGGCAAUGGCAAUGGCAUGCAUAUGCAUGUUCACAGUGCUGGCCAGAGAAACCCAACCUCAUGAACAAAGGAGCGCCGCGUUCGAGUGCA